AUGUUGUUGGACUUCUGCUGCCGCUGCUGUGGAGUCACUCUCAUAAAACGCCAUGGACCCCUGGUGCUCAAGACCACGCCCAGUGACACCUGGGUGGUUCUGCAGAAUCUGCUCAUGUGCAUGGUGUGUUUCUACGCGCUGUACUACAUCGCUAUCAGUCUGUGCAUAGGACUGCUCAGGGUUCAUGAGAUCAACAGUUUUUUAGCUCCGUUUGACUACACAACACAACCCUCAUGGCAGAACCCAAAAUACCUGGUGGGUGUCAUCUCCACAGAGGUGACCUAUUUCCUGGGCGGCUUGGUGUUUGCCUGGAUCGUGGAGGAGUGGGUUUGGGACUACGCCAUCACUGUCACUCUGCUCCACAUUGCCAUGACUGUAGCAGUGAUGUCCGAUUUCCCUUCUGCAGAGCACUGGUGGAUAGCUUUGGGCUCUGGGCUGGUGGUGAUGAUCUUCGGGGGGCAGCUGUUGGCCUAUAGACUCUUCAGGGAUAACUUUGUGUAUCCAGAGGAGCUGCAGAACUUCUGA